GACCUGGGCGAGCGGCAAAUUCAGAUUUUCCCGACUCGCGGGCCCGAGUUGGAGGCUAACUGGGAAGUCUUCGUUCCUCAGAUUUGUUGAUCUACAGAAUGCUUCGAUACCCAUAUUUUUGUAGAAUCUAUAAAAAUUUUCUUUCAUGCUGGUUGGAAUCUGGCAUAUUUAAUUUGGGUGUCUGGCCAAAAAAAAUACAUGCUACAGCAGAAAGAUAUAAUGAAUAUGAAGCCCAGGAGGAAAAAGAUCAAACUGGAGUUCAGGAGUUACACAGAUCUCAAGAUAGAGAUUCUGGAGUGAUGACUAAGUUACAUAUUCCAGUGAUGGUGGAUGAAGUUGUUCAUUGUUUGGCACCACAAAAAGGGCAGGUUUUUCUAGAUAUGACAUUUGGUUCAGGAGGACACACAAGAGCCAUUCUGCAGAAGGAGCCAGAUAUUACUCUGUAUGCAUUAGACAGAGACCCAACAGCAUAUGCGAUAGCUGAGCAGCUUUCAGAAUUGUACCCUAAACAGAUCCGAGCCAUCCUAGGCCAGUUCAGCCAGGCAGAAGCCUUACUAAUGAAAGCUGGAGUACAGCCAGGGACUUUGGAUGGAGUUCUUUUGGAUCUUGGGUGUUCCUCCAUGCAACUUGAUACCCCUGAAAGAGGUUUUUCCCUUCGGAAGGAUGGCCCCUUGGACAUGAGAAUGGAUGGUGACAGGUACCCUGAUAUGCCCACCGCAGCUGAUGUUGUGAACGCGUUAGAUCAACAGGCACUUGCAUCCAUCCUGAGAGCAUACGGAGAGGAGAAGCACGCCAAGAAAAUCGCUUCAGCAAUUGUUCAGGCACGCGCCCUCUACCCCAUCACUAGAACCCAGCAGCUUGCCAGCAUUGUUGCAGGUGCAUUUCCUCCCUCUGCUCUUUAUGCACGAAAAGAUGUGCUACAGCGAUCCACCCAUAUAGCUACAAAGACUUUUCAAGCUUUUCGCAUAUUUGUGAACAAUGAGCUCAAUGAACUUUACACGGGACUGAAGACAGCUCAGAAGUUUCUGAGACCUGGUGGUCACCUCGUUGCCCUCUCCUUCCAUUCACUGGAGGAUCGCAUCAUCAAACGAUUCCUGCUUGGGAUAAGCAUGACAGAAAGGUUUAACCUAAGUGCUAGACAGAAGGUGAUACAAAAAUCCCAGUUGGAUUCAUAUCAGGAAAACAAGGAAGGCCUCUCUACACGAAAGGCCCCUUUAAUGUGGAAAUUAAUGCACAAGAAGGUACUUACUCCAGAAGAUCAAGAUGUACAGGAUAACCCCAGAGGACGCUCUGCCAAGCUUAGAGCAGCUAUCAAAUUAUGA